AUGUCAUGUUCCAAGCAUACACCUACGCCCCUGGCCACUCUCUCCAGUACCCUCGACCCAGCUGAGUAUGAUGAGUCUCUGGAAACCAGAAAGAAGCAGGUUGAGAGCUUGAUCAAAAGGGCCCAGCUUAAACCGGAGUAUCUGCUUCAGUACAAUGAUCCCAAAUGCUUAACACACCCUGAAGAUCCUGCCUUGAUUCUUUGGACCUAUGCAAGAUCAGCAAAUAUUUAUCCCAAUUUCAGAGCCACUCCAAAGAACUCACUUUUAGGAGCUGUGGUGGCAUUUGGGCCCCUCAUCCUCUGCCAUUAUGUUUUCAAAACAGACGGGACAGAAAGGACAGACUUACCAGGAAGGAUAAUUGGACCAAACAUUUAA